AUGAAACUAAGUAACCAAACUCAGCUGUCAGAAUUCCUUCUCCUGGGAUUCUCAGAGAACCCAGCACUGCAGCCUCUCAUCUUUGGGCUGUUCCUCUCCAUGUACCUGGUCACUGCAAGUGGGAACUUCUUAAUUGUCCUGGCCAUCCUCACUGACCCACACCUCCACACGCCCAUGUACUUCUUCCUCACAAACCUGUCAUUAGUGGAUGUCUGCUUCACCACCACCACCAUCCCCAAGAUGCUGGUGAACAUCCAGAUGCCCAGCCAAGCCAUCAGCUAUGCAGGCUGCCUCGCACAGAUGUUCUUCUUUCUGCUGUUUGGAAGCCUGGAUGACUUUCUCCUGACUGUGAUGGCCUAUGACCGGUUUGUGGCCAUCUGUCACCCUCUGCACUACAUGGUUAUCAUGAACUCCCAGCUCUGUGUGAAGCUGGUUCUGGUGUGCUGGGUCAUUGGUGUCCUGAAUGCCUUGUUACACAGCUUGUUGGUGCUGAGACUGAGCUUCUGCAUGCACGUGGACAUCCCCCACUUUUUCUGUGAGAUAAAUCAGGUGGUCCACAGAGCCUGCUCUGACACCUUUCUCAAUGACCUCAUGAUAUAUCUUGCAGCUGUGCUGGUUGCAGGGGGUCCUCUGUCUGGGAUCCUGUACUCCUACUCCAAGAUCGCCUCCUCCAUCCGUGCCAUCUCAUCAGCUCAGGGCAAGUAUAAAGCCUUUUCCACCUGUGCCUCUCAUCUCUUCACCAUCUCUCUAUUUUAUGGCACAAUCAUUGGUGUGUAUCUCAGUGCCAGUGCUGCCCCAAGUUCAGCCUCAACUGCAGUAGCCUCAGUGAUGUACACUGUGGUGAUCCCCAUGCUGAACCCCUUCAUCUACAGCCUGAGAAAUGCAGACAUGAAAAAGGCUCUGACAAGAUUAUUAAUUCAUAAACUACAAUGGAUUGCAUGGUGUUGGGACUGA